AAAAAUGACAAAAAUGGUCCCUUAUUUUCUAUAGUAGGUUAAAAAUAGUCUAUCAAGUAUCAAGAAAGCACUUUUUGGCUAAGCUUAAAACCUAACUCUCGUAUCACUCGACAAUACGCCAUUAGAGUCGCAUAAUGUCCUGUCCACAACAGAUGCUUCUCUAGAAUUCCUCUCUUCUUUACAUAUUUCUUGUUUCUAAUAAUGGCACAUGGAGGUUAUGGGAAACGUAGAGUUCCUGAAGCUAAUAAUAAUAAUAAAAAUAGAAACAGGAGACCCACAAAAUCAUUAGGUGUCGACAAGAAGAACAAGUCCAAACCCAAGGCUAAAGCUAAAGCUGUGUCUAUCAAGAAUCAAAUUCGCUCAGUUGAACGCAUGCUCCGCAAAGAUCUGCCUCCUGAAAUUAGAGAAGUUCAAAAACAGAAGUUGGAUGAACUCAAAAAGCAGCAAGAGCUUCAGAAUCGUCUGGCUUUGGAACGCAAAAUAUUCCUUCGCAACAGGAAGGUUAAGUUUUUUGAUAGAAGAAAAAUUGAGAGAAGAAUAAGACGUUUGGAGAAACAGCAGCGCACUUCAUCUGGUAAGGCCCAAGAAACAGAAAUUGCUGAACAACUUGCUAAAUUGAAAGAGGAUCUUGAAUAUGUUCGGUUCUUUCCCAAGACUGAGAAAUAUGUACCCUUGUUUUCGGGAGGUGACGAGCAAGAUAUUGUGGACAAAAGAUGUAAAUUACGGGAGCAAAUCAAAGCCAAUAUAGUUGCUGCUGCCGCAAGUGGGAAAGAUCUGGAAGAAACGGGGAGCGAAGAUGAUGGACUUCUUGAUUUAAGCGAUGAUGAUUUCUUUGAAGGUGGAAGCUCAAGCGAUGAUGCUGAUGACGAGUGGACUGAUAAAAGUGCAAGAGAACAAGCUUCUAGUGCAUCUGGGAAAGCAGCUUCAAGCAUGUCCAGCGAUGAAAAGAAUCAGAAGCAAGUAUCUGCCCGUGCUCUAAUGCCGCCACCUCGUCCUUCGAGCAAGUCUUUUAGUCAUUCAGCAAAUAAAAAAGCACGGUUUGGAGGAUCUACAAGUAAGAAAUCAUCUUUCCGUGAUGUGUCAACCUCCAGCAACACAUCAGAUAGCAUUAAUCGAUCUACCUUCAGAAAAGGAAGACCUGCAGAUUCACUCACAGGCAACAGUGGCAAUAUCAGCUCUAACUCUGAUGCUCGAAAACCCAAAAGAAAGAGGAGACCUAAGAAGAAAAAACAGCAGGCUUGAAUCAAGUUCGUAUGGUUGCCAAUAUCGUUGCAGCUUUUUUCUACCAAAGUUGCGACGACAUUUAAAAUGCCUCUGUAUUUCAAGAAUUAGAUAGCAAUUUGUUGAUGCUACGUAUGUUUGAAUAACUUAUGUUUGAUAUAGUCUUCAUUUUACUGUUGUAAUCGUUGCCUUAAUUUCC